AUGGCUCUGGCCAAGGUGCCUGGGACCUGCUUGCUCACCGUUCGUGUUCUGCAGGCCCAUAGCCUGCCCUCCAGGGACCUAGUGACUCCCUCUGACUGCUACGUGACUGUGUGGCUGCCCACUGCCUCCAGCCAGAGGCUACAGACACGCACAGUCAAGAACUGCAGGAACCCCAUCUGGAAUCAGAGCUUCCACUUCCGGAUCCACAGCCUACUCAAGAACGUGGUGGAACUGAAAGUCUUUGACCAGGACUUGCUGACCAAGGAUGAUCCUGUGUUGUCAGUUCUGUUCGAUGUGGGAACUCUGCGGCCAGGGGAGUUCUCACGCCAGAACUUCUCACUGAGCCCUCAGGGCGAAGGACUGCUAGAAGUUGAAUUUCGGCUGCAGCAUCUGACAGGCUGUGUGGAGCAGCUCUUCAGCAAUGGCAUCCUGGUGGCCCGGGAGCUUGCCUGCUUGCACAUGCGACUGGAAGAGGCAGGGGACCAGAAGGAGGCAAGGAGCAAAGUUCAGCUUGAGGUUCCUGGGUCCUGUGAGGGUCAACAGGAGGCCUCUGUGGGCAGUGGCUCCUUAAGCUUCCACUUCCCAGCCUGCUGGGAGCAAGAGCUGAGUAUCCAUCUGCAGAAUGCCCCCCAAGAACAGCUAAAGGUACCCCUGAGGGUCCUGCCAUCGGACCAGCUGGUGAGGCUCGUCUUCCCCACAUCCCAGGAGCCUCUGAUGAAGGUGGAGCUGAAAAAAGAAAAAGGACCUGGGGAGCUGGCUGUGCAGCUGGGCUUCGGACCCAGCUCUGAGGAGCAAGCUUUCCUGCGGAGGAGGAAGCAGGUUGUGGCCAGGGCCCUGCAGCAGGUCCUGCAGCUGGAGGGAGACCUGCAGGAGGAUGAGGUCCCUGUCGUAGCCGUCAUGGCCACUGGUGGUGGGAUCCGGGCAAUGACCUCCCUGUAUGGACAGCUGGCUGGCCUGAGGGAGCUGGGCCUCCUGGAUUGCAUCUCAUACAUCACAGGGGCGUCAGGCUCCACCUGGACCUUGACCAACCUCUACAAGGAUCCAGAAUGGUCCCAGAAAGACCUGGCAGGGCCCACUGAAUUUCUGAAGACCCAGGUGACCAAGAGCAAGCUAGGUGUGCUGGCCCCCAGCCAGCUGCAGUGGUACCGGAAGGAGCUGGCCGAGCGUGCCCGCCUGGGCCACCCCACAUGCUUCACCAACCUGUGGGCCCUCAUCAAUGAGGCCUUGAUACAUGACGGGCCCUGUAACCACAAACUCUCAGAUCAGCGAGAGGCCCUGCGCCAUGGUCAGAACCCUAUGCCCAUCUACUGUGCCCUCAACACCAAAUCACAGAGCCUUUCCACCUUUGAAUUUGAGGAGUGGUGUGAGUUCACCCCUUAUGAAGUUGGCCUUCCCAAGUAUGGGGCCUUCAUCCCCUCUGAGCUCUUCGGCUCUGAGUUCUUCAUGGGCCGGCUGAUGAAGCAGCUCCCUGAGUCUCGCAUCUGCUUCCUGGAAGGUAUCUGGACUAACCUGUAUGCAGCCAACCUCCAGGACAGCUUAUACUGGUCCUCAGAGCCCAGCCAGUUCUGGGACCGCUGGGCUCAGAAUCAGGCUACCAUAGACAAAGAGCAGGUCCCCAUUCUGAAGAUAGAAGAGCCACCCAGCACGACUGGAAGGAUAGCCGAAUUCUUCACUGACCUCCUGACUCGGCGCCCACUUGCCCAGGCCACCCACAAUUUCCUGCGGGGCCUCCAUUUUCACAAAGACUAUUUCCAGCAGCCUCAUUUCUCCACCUGGAAAGCCACUAAACUGGACGGAUUCCCUAACCAGCUGACACCAGUGGAGCCCUACCUCUGCCUGCUGGAUGUUGGCUACUUUAUCAACACCAGCUGUCCACCCCUCCUGCAGCCCACCCGGGAUGUGGAUCUCAUCCUGUCAUUUGACUACAAUCUUCAUGGAGCCUUUCAGCAGCUGCAGCUUAUGGGCCGGUUCUGCCAGGAGCAGGGGAUCCCAUUCCCACCCAUUUCACUGAGCCCAGAGGAGCAACAUCAGCCUCGGGAAUGCCACGAGUUCUCAGACCCCAGCCACCCCGAGGCCCCUGUUAUCCUGCACUUCCCACUGGUCAAUGACUCUUUCAAAGACCAUUUGGCCCCUGGGGUCCUGAGAACGUCUGAGGAGAAGGAAGCAGGGCAGGUGAAUCUGUCUCCAUCUGACUCCCCAUACCACUACACUAAAGUGACCUACAGCCAGGAGGACGUGGACAAGCUGCUCCGCUUGACGCACUACAACAUCUGCAACAACCGGGAGCCGCUGCUGGGGGCCCUGCGUGAGGCCGUGCAGCGGAGGAGGCAGCACAGGCGGCAGGGGCCCGAGUGA